UGAAAAUAAAAUGCACAGACUCAAUAACUCUGAACGAUUCGUUGAUCAUGUCAACUACAACCCGGCAAUGAGCAAUCAUUUCUGGCAACAGAGACUAGAAAGAGAAGAUAGCCAUAAAUUCACAUCAACUAUCAAAGGACUAGAAAUGGGAAGAGUCAGCAACAUCCCAGUUACUGAUAAGUUCAAGAGAUCUCUCUCCAAUUUUCAGAGAGAUGACCCUUUUAUGGUUGCUAAAGCCUUGAAAGAUGAAUCCAGGUCGCCGAUGGUCAACAAGAUCAAAUAUGCUCCAAGCUCUACAUUAGGAAGCAUGAGAGGGAUCAGAUGAUAUGAUAAUGAUAGUAAACCUAGAUGGAUGAACUCCUCUAUUGAUCUAUCCCAACCAAAGAUCUUUAAAUUAGGUACUAAGCCAUCAGUUCAAGAGCUUAAUACAACCCAUAAUUUUAAUAUCAAAGAUAUAAAGCCACAGAAAUCGGCUGGUUUUGUACCGAUGGUUCAUCCUUAUGCUUGGAAACCUAAGAAAAUAAUAAAUCCUAUAAAGAACAAUACUUUGGCUAGAACAUCAGACAAUAUUAAUCUGAAGGUUACUGAAGUUUCACAUUCUACCAACCAAUACCAGAAGAAGCAUUCCUUCAAAGACCCAAGAGCUAGGGCUUCAGAGUUACUCCAGAAUGCUGGGAAGCAAUUUAAGACUAACUCCGGCUAUGAUCGUCCCCAAAAGAAUACCCAAAUGCCCACAACGACACAAGGGAUGCAUGGGAUGAACCAAUACAGCACGAUACAGUCUCAUAGUCCACAAAAAAAAGUCCGGUAUGGUUAAGCGAC